AUGACUAAUACAGAUAGUAGAAAAAAAAGAACAUAUUCUGAUUUGGAAAAUGAAGAAUUAUUCCCAGUAGCAGAUAACAGGAAAAUUAUUACCAAUGACACAGGAAUAAAUCUAAUUAAUAGUGAAAUAGAAGAAGAGGAAUUAUUGGAAGACGUUAUAUUGGACAAUAAUAUUAAUACCUUAGAAAGUGAAAAUUAUAUAAAAUGGCAAGAUACGAUUUCUAAAGUAGUUAAAUCUGUGGUAUCUAUUCAUUUUGCACAAGUAGCUCCAUUUGAUUGUGAUCCAGCUUUAGUUUCUGAGGCAACUGGGUUUGUGGUCGAUGCUGAACUCGGAAUUAUCCUAACUAAUAGACAUGUGGUAGGUCCAGGUCCUUUUGUUGGAUAUGUAGUCUUUGAUAAUCAUGAAGAGUGUGAUGUGAUACCAAUAUAUAGGGAUCCAGUACAUGAUUUUGGUUUCCUAAAGUUUGAUCCAAAGAAAAUCAAAUAUAGUAAAAUUCAGGCUCUAAAAUUAAGACCUUCAUUAGCCAAAGUUGGUUCUGAAAUUAGAGUGGUAGGUAACGAUGCUGGUGAAAAACUAAGUAUAUUAUCUGGGUUCAUCUCUCGUUUAGAUAGAAAUGCUCCAGAUUACGGUGAAUUAACAUAUAAUGAUUUUAAUACUGAAUAUAUUCAGGCUGCUGCAUCCGCUUCAGGGGGAUCUAGUGGGUCUCCAGUUGUUAAUAUUGAUGGUGAUGCUGUAGCCUUACAAGCGGGUGGUUCUACAGAGGCUUCCACGGAUUUCUUCCUUCCCUUGAACAGAAUACUGAGAGCUCUACAAUGUAUUCAAAAUAAUAAACCAAUAACUAGAGGGACCAUUCAAGUUCAAUGGCUACUGAAACCUUAUGAUGAAUGUAAAAGAUUAGGACUCACGUCUGAAGAAGAAAGUAAAGCUAGAACUUUUUCACCAGAUAAAAUCGGGCUUUUAGUCGCUGAAACUAUUCUGAAAGAUGGCCCUGGCUAUAAUCUUAUAAAAGAAGGUGAUGUUCUUAUCUCGAUAAAUGAGCAGCGUAUUUCUUCCUUUAUUCAAGUUGAUGAUAUUUUUGAUAACUCAGUGGGUAAAGAAGUAACAAUCCACAUACAACGUAGUGGUAUAGAUCAUAUAAUAAAGACCAUUAUCCAAGAUUUACAUUCUAUUACCCCAGAUAGAUACGUAGAAGUCUGUGGUGCCACUUUCAAUGAUUUAUCUUAUCAAAUGGCAAGAUGCUAUGCACUUCCAGUGAAAGGUGUAUUUUUGAGUUGUGCUUCUGGAUCAUUCAAUUUUGAUUCAAAGGAAAAAGUAGGUUGGAUCAUUGAUGCUGUUGAUAAUAAAGAAACACCUGAUUUGGACACAUUUAUAAACGUUAUGAAGGGAAUCCCUGAUAGAAAACGUGUGACAGUGAAGUAUCAUCAUCUAUCUGAUCACCAUUCCCCAGUUGUUACAUCUAUAUAUAUAGACCGUCAUUGGUGCAGUGAAUUUAGAUUAUACAAAAGAAAUGACACUACUGGUAUAUGGGAUUAUACCAAUGUCUGUGAACCUGUCCCAGCGGAACCAUUAAAACCACAUAAAGCAAGGUUUAUAGAUAUUGCCACCGAUAAUAUGGACUUAAAAAUUUUAUCACAUUCCCUUUGUAUAGUAAGUACAAUGGCAGCUAUACCUUUGGAUUCAUUGUCUGCCGAGACACUAAAAACUGCUGGGUUAAUAAUUGAUGCUGAAAAUGGGUAUGUUAUUGUAUCACGUAGAAUUGUUCCUCAUGACUGUUUAGAUUGUUUUGUCACUAUUGCUGACUCUGUCAUUGUCCCUGCCACUGUAGAAUUUUUACAUCCAACACAAAACUAUGCUAUUGUUAAAUAUGAUCCCAAAUUAAUCGAAGCUGAUGUAAUAACACCUAAAUUUUCAGAAAAUAAAGUAAAACAUGGUGAAAAACUUCAGUUUAUAGGGUUUACACAUAAUAAUAGAUUAGUAACAUCCGACACCGUGAUAACUGAUAUAUCCUCCAUAAGUAUCCCAAGUAAUCUCAUCCCAAGAUACAGAGCUACCAAUUUAGAAGCAAUAUCAAUUGAUUGUAAUGUUAGUACUAGAUGCAAUUCAGGUAUUUUAACAGAUAAUGAUGGGACAGUAAGGGCUCUUUGGUUAUCAUUCUUGGGUGAAAGACAAGAGAACAAGGAAAAGGUCUAUUUGAUGGGUCUUGAUAUUGUAAAUAUUAAGGAUGUCGUGAAAAUAUUGAAAAGUGGUGGCAAACCGCAAGUUAAUAUUGUAGGUGCUGAAUUUGGAUCUAUAUCUAUCUUAAAUGCAAGAAUCAGAGGUGUUCCCCAAGAAUGGAUAGAAAGAAUGGAAGCUGAAUCCCACAGUCGUUUACAAUUUAUGACUGUAUCUAGAGUAUCGUAUACUAUUGAGAGAGAAAGGUUACAGACUGGUGAUGUAAUAUUAUCAGUAAAUGAUAAAUUAGUUACAGAGAUGGACGAUCUAGACGGAGUGACUACAUCUGCUAAAAACUGUGAAACCCCUCCUUUAUUAAAAUUUAAGGUUGUCCGUGAAGAUAAAGUACUAGACUUAAAUAUAUCCACCAUCAAUGUAAAGGAAACUGAUCGUUUGAUAAUUUUUGCAGGUUGUAUAGUCCAAGCACCACAUCAUGCAGUACAUCAAGCUAUGACUGAAAUGCCAAAGGGUGUUUAUUGUGUUUUUAGAGGGGAAUCAUCUCCAGCUAUUCAAUACGGUAUUUCAGCCACGAAUUUCAUUACUCACAUUAAUGAAAUACCAACCCCAGAUAUGGACAGUUUUUUGACUGCUAUUAAGCAAAUCCCUGAUAAUCAUUACUGUAAGAUAAGACUAAUGACAUACGAUAACGUGCCAUUUGCUAUUUCCUUAAAGACUAAUUACCAUUAUUUUCCUACUGCCGAAUUAAGAAAAGAUUCUAUCACAAACAAAUGGAUUGAACAUGAAUAUAAGUACGAUCAUCAAGAACAAAAAUAA